AUGUCGUCUGCCGAUGGUGGUGAUGCGGGGACUACUCAUGCUCAUGAUCCUAGUGAUGAUUCUGUUUGGCGACCUAGUGAGGGCGGAGGUAACGAACAAGGAAGCGGUGACUCCCGACCUCCUCCGCGUGAUGAUCAUGGCUCCUCGCAGUGGGAUCACGCCCAUGAUCCAUGGGCGGCCUGGAAUGAUUACCAGCAACCCAGCUGGUGGGGACAUUCCAGUUGGGGAGAUCGUAGCGGCUGGUGGCAAGGCUACGAUUGGCGAGACCAAAGACGAUGGAGCCUCGGGGAUACAUGGGGCACCUCGUCGACGAAUGCCGGUUCUGGACCUGGCUCUGCGGACGGGAGUGCAGGCAAUGAUCACAAGUCGGCCCCCGGAUGGAGUCCAGGAGACAACGGAUGGGACGACGCCUCCAGAGGCGUCCCUCGGCGCCCCGAGAACUCUCGUGGGCCGAGCGAAAAGAUGGUGGUUCCCACUUUUGACGGCGAGAUCAACUCCACCUACGACGACCUCGGCUCUUCUGCAAGAUCGUAUGUUCGGCAGGUGAGUGCUUGGCGUCGCAUGACGCCCCUCAGCGCCGACCAACAGGCGCUUACCUUGUAUCAGAACCUCUCCGGCAAGGCCUGGGUGGACGCGGAAAAGUUGCACAUGGACCGGCUCGCGGCCUCCGACGGCGUCGACUACUUUCUUGGAUGGAUCAAGGAGAGGUAUCUUGACGUCCAAAUCACACAAGUGGGACGCAGCCUCUCUGGUUUCUUCAGAGGCCUCCGUAGGAAGCCUACCCAGACUGUCAGGGAGUACCUUUCGGAGUUCGAUCGCGCCUACGCGCGACUCAAUGAAGUCGGGUGCUGCUUACCCGAUGUGGCGGCGGCCUGGGUCUUUGUUGACCGUGUGGGACUUGAUGAACAGGCCGAGCUCAACCUCUUGGCGUCCGUCGGCAACGUCUACGACCUCCAGCAGCUGCAGAAGGCCGCGAUCGUUCAUGAUCGCACCUUGCGGAAGCCUUGGGAGACGAUGCCCAAGAAUGACAGGAACCCUCGCCGCGAAUGGUUGCCGAGGCGCAACCACUCUGCGCUUCUGACCGGACACGACGAUGGCGAAGAGGACUUCCUCCAGGAAGACGGCCAGCCUGAGGUCGAUGAUGACGAGAUCGUCCCGGAAGAUGUCGCGGCUGAGUACUACGAAACCUUCAUGACGCAUGAGUCGGCAAAGCAACGUUACAAGGAAACCCUCAAGCUACGUGGCAGCGACCCUGAGUCCUUGAAGAAGCUGUCUGAGGAUCGUCUUCAGGCGGCAAAGGCGCGAUCGUAUUGCGCCGGUUGCCGACGACGAGGUCAUUGGCACCGAGACGCAUGCUGCCCCUUGAAUAAGGCUGCCGCUGGGACCUCCGGAACUACCUCUUCGGGAACCUCCCCCCCUACCUCAGGGCAGUCCUUGAAGCCGGCAAAUCCGCCGCCCCACAAGCCUGACGGAGGGCGUCAGCAUGUGGUUCAUGUCACUUGGGACCUCCAGGACCAGGGCGGCCCCGACUUGAUGGCGAUCACGGACACCGCGUGCUCGAGGAGCGUGGCCGGCAUCAACUGGAUUAACUCUUACGUAGCUUUGGCAAAGCAAAAGGGCUUCAGCGUUGAGUUUGUGCAUAUCCAGGAAGCUUUUCGGUUUGGCGCCUCUCGAGUGUUCGAGGCCCGCCACGCUGCGGUCAUCUACUUUCCUAUUGGGGAGAAGAUCGUGGGGCUUAAGAUUGCCGUCGUCUACGGGGAGGUGCCACUUCUGAUUUCAAGACCGGCUUUGGCACUUUUGGGGAUGAUCAUGGAUGUGGCCCGCAAUGUCGCCACCUUUCGCGCUGUCGGUGUCAUAGAUUUGCCGCUGAAGAUGACCGAAACGGGGCAUCCAGCUUUCCCGGUCCAACCUGUGGACCCCAAGAGCCUGAAAGGACCUGCCAUGGACUGGCAGUCCCAAGAGAUCGGCAUCUUCUCGCGCGCUGAGCAAUACAUGGUGUUUGCUUUGGAAUCCGUAGAGCCUCUCCUAGGUGAAGUCGAUGUUCGUUGCAACAAGGACCCGAAGGCCCAUCACGAACCUCACCAUCCUCAACGAGUCUUUCAUCCCAAAAGGAUCGCGGCUGCUACAAACAACCUUCUUCUGGCAGAUGUGUUGAACCGUGAAAGUUUCUUGGCAUGGUGGUCACAAACUUCAAUUUCGAACGACUUUUGGAUAGAAGGUGAGCACAUCAUGGUCCGGGUCCACGUGGUGCCUCGUAAUAAGACCUUUUUCAACCCUACUUCAUGGAGCACCCCCAAGCACGAACUCAAGGCGAACCUCCUGCAGAGCCUCGGUUUCAUGCGUGUUGUGAAUGCAGUCCUCUCCGAGAUGAAGAAGGACGAGCUGCUCCGGGAAGCAGCUGCGCGGAACCUGCCGGUGAACCCUCGCUGGACGGUGGUAGAGAUUCGCUCAGUGAUCCAAGAGGACAUGAGCACCGAGGCGACGUCGGCGACUUCAUCCGUCCCACCGGUGGGACUGUCGAAGAUGACCUUGCAAGAGCUGAAGGAGAAGGUCGUGGAGAUCGGCCUCGAGAUCCCUGCCAAGGCCACCCGCGGCAUCCUGAUGCGGAUGGUGCGGGACAACGGGGGCAAAGGCCCCGAAACCAUACUCACCUUCGGGAGAUACCAAGGCAUGCGCUACAUGGACACACCGACCGGCUAUCGCACCUGGGCGGUACGAGAAGUGGUGAACAACGACAAUGCCUCGGAGGACUUGCGGAUGUUCGCAGCUUGGUGGAAGGCCGAGACCGAGAGUCGAGGAGUGGUGCAUCCGCCUACUUACAUGGAUCCAGAGAGCAGCGCUUCGAUACCCUAUGUGCCGAACGAGUCGGAGGACAGUGCUGCCUGGGAAAGGGUAUCGUCCUAUGUUCCGGCGAAGGCCAAGGCGAAGUGGAGCGGCUACCAGGCGGCACCGUUGACUACGACACCGAAGCGACGCUCGGCACCUUCCGAGAGCAGUUUCUCGAGCCGCUCGCGCAUGGACCAGGACAUCCCGGAGGAGAUCUUGGACGAGGUGCAGCACCUCGAAGAGAGGCUGGCGAUUCUGCGCGACUACGACGAGAUCUACUUUGAGGACGAUGAGGAGAAGCUCGAUUUUCUUCGAAACCAGGUUGCACCCUUGGGCGUUUCACGCGAGGAUGCGAUCUACAACGGGGAAAUCAGGAACGAGAAGAACGACUUCAAGGAAACCAACCUGGAGAACUCCAACCUCUAUCUGAACCAUGGUCCCGCGGAAUGCGUUCAAGGACAACAUAUAAAAGACAGCGCAGAACGUGGCUAUGAGUCUGCGCCGGGUCUUCCAGGACAUGUUCUCUUCGAGGAAACCAAACUGGAGAACAGCAACCUCUACCCGAACCAUGGUCCCAAUGUUUUUGAGAAUGCAGAGAAGAUCUCCGUCGAGUCCUUCCCCGAGGUGUUCCAUUCCGACACAGAGGAUUUCUUUGAGAUUGCCAGCGGCGAGGAGCACUCAAUUGUUCAAGAAGGUGCAGAUUUUCAGGUUCUGGCUGCGUCCGAUUCUUCCUCAUCUACUACAACCCUGAGGUGUGAAGCCUUGGCUCGCGAGAAGCUGCGCACGAAGGCCUUUUCUUUUGCCGACCUCUACGAGAUCGUCCAGCUCAUACCGCUCCGGAAGACCAAGAAGCACAGAUGCAUCAGCGGGGGCGCCGAAACAACGGUCAACUACUUCUUUGCCGGCCUCUACACCCACGGCGUUUUCUCCGGGAUCACCAAAGGAACAGAAGCAUUGCCCUGGGUGACUCGGUAUAUCAAUGCGUUCGGCCGGGACAAAACCAACGGCAGCUGGAGCUCGUGGAUCCUCAAUAAUAAGAACGUCAAGUCCAGCGUGCACUCCGACAGCCACAACCUCGUCGGCACCAACAUCACGACGAUGUGCUUCGGUGACUUUUCCGGUGGAGAGCUAUGGGUUGAAGAUGAUGCAGCCGACAUCGAGGGCGACGCUGUGUUCAGGACUGAUGCUUUCAACAAGACCCGAAAGGGGAAGCUCAUAUCCACCAAGCAGGCACCGCUCGUCCUCGACCCCAAGCGCAAGCACUGCACAGAGGCAUGGCAAGGAGACAGAUGGACCCUCGCUUUCUUCACCCCGCGUGGUUUUCCGGAGUCCACCCCAGCCUUACGAGACCGCCUUCGAGACCUUCGUUUUCCUCUUCGUGGUCUCCCUAUCGAGGAACAUCGCCAUGAUUUUGCGCGUGCGCCCAGACCGCCCAAGAGCACCCGGAAGGGGUUAUGGAAGGCAGCGAAAAGACUCGCUUCAAUGACUGCGUGGUGUACGAUGGCGGCUACCUCUUGGGCAACCACAGACUUCCCUCUCGGGAAGAAACAAGGAGCACCCACCCUGUUUGAAGUUGGCGACGUGACGAAGACCUUGGAGGCUGGCGACUUUGACUACGUCUGCAUGGAGCCCCUUCUCCCUGAGGAUCUCGGACCACCGAAUGUUUUCUCUGAGGCCAAGGACAACCUCGUGAAGUUCGAGCCCGAGACCGUUUGGGUCCAUGUCGAAAAGAUAAAAGGGUCUCUUGGUCCGCUCCAGCAGGUGUUCGAGGCCCAAGCAUGCAGUGGCAGGCCUCUGGUGUUUGAGUUUCCCGAGGACAAGAACGACAUCACCGGCGGCGAGCUCGAAGAUUUCAUUGAAAAGUAUGACGGCCACAGCGAAAGCCAUGACGGAAAACGCCGCCUCGUGCGUAUCAAUGUUCGGGAGAACUCUUCCCCCGACCUCUCGCUUCCUCAGGGAGAUCGAGCCAGUUUUCUCUUCGAGUCCUACAUGGCCUCUGGAGGCGCCCGUGGAAGCGACGACCCUCCGCCAGAAGUCCUACAACGAGGAGCAGAAGCCAUUUCUUUCACGAAAGGCGGUUCCCCGAGACCCGCGAGCAUCCCCAACCUCCUGGAGUUCAACCAGGUGGUCGCCUUGGACGCUUUUACCACCUACGAUGCUUUUGAUGACAAGGUGGAGUUGCUCAUGGCGGUGGACCUUGGCACUGGUUUCUGUUUGGCAAGCGAGCUCGAUGGUCAUUCCGGAAAGGCCAUGGAAGCCACCUUUUGUCGGAUGUGGAGCCAAACUUUCGGAGCACCCGGCACUCUGGUGCUCGACUUGGAGACAGGUCUCCAAGCAGGACUCGCACGUUUCUCCGAGUGGCACGGGACACUGUUGCGUCCCAUCGCUGCCCAAGCUCAUUGGCAGCAAGGCGUCGUCGAAAGAUGUAUCCGGACUUGGAAAGAAGUCUGGGUGAGGACCGUCGAUGACAAGACUGUCACCCGGAAAGAAGCCCCGCUGGCCAUCACCUCAGUGAACUCGGCGAUGAACACCCUCAGGCGCCAAAGCGGGUUCAGCCCUUCUCAGGCAGUGUGGGGACGUGAUCCUCGACUUCCCGAAGACCUCAGCGACCACCAGCUUUCGGAGCACUUUCACCACGUCCUCUCCAAAGAUAGAGUACGAGCGCGAGAACACACUUUGCGCGUGGCCGCCAAGGAGUCCUUUUUUAAGGUCAAGAACGAUGAAAAGCUUCGCCGCGCUCUACUGCAACGGACAAGGGUUUCUGGAAGCGACCUCGAGAUCGGCAUGCACGUCUUCAUGUACCGGAAGCCUAAAGAUUCCAAGAACUGGAAGUGGUUCGGGCCAGCUACUGUUAUAGGGCGCGAAGGCGGGAACUACUGGGCUUCUUUCGCAGGCCGGUGUCACUUGAUUGCCCCAGAGCACAUCAGGAUUGCGACUGGAGAGGAGUUAGGAGCUGCUUUUACGUUGCGGGCGACAAAGGAAGACUUGGAGAAGCUUCUGGAGGUGCCCUUUGCCGACGAAGCGAUUUUUGCUGGAGAUGACGGCGACCAAGGCGACGAUGAUCUUGCGCUACCUCCUGGUGAUGGCGACGCUAUGGACGACCAGGAACCCGAAGAGGAGGGAGCCGCUUUCCCCCCUGUAGCCAAGAGAUACCGCACGAAAGGACCACAGGACGCCGAGGACGACGUCUUCGAUGAGUUGCUGGUCUCCACCGUUGGCCCCGAGAAGAAGGACCUCCAGACCGUCUACAUGAUGAAGCUCCCCAAGACGCCCCGCGCCAACGAAAAGGCUCUUGAGAAGGAAAUUCCCUGGAGCCUUAUACCUGAAGACCAACAUGAGGGCUUCAGGGCAGCCGAGAGAACUCAGUACGACGAGCACAUCCAGCACGACGCACUGGAGCCGCUUUCCGUCGAAGAGAGCAGGGAGAUCUUGAGGACUAAGCAUGACCGAGUGCUGAGCAGCAGGUUCGCGUACAAGGAUAAGUUUUGGUCCAAACGAAAAGAACACCCAGACAUCGGCUGGAAGCACAAAGCCAGGCUAGUGAUUGCCGGGCACCGCGACCCUGACUUGAUGAACGGUCUCAACACCCAUGCUCCUACUGUUUCCCGGCAAGGAAUCCUCCUCCUUCUGCAGAUCCUCGCCAGCAACCUCCAUCGUGGAUGGACAGGCCAUGCCGGCGACGUUUCAGCGGCUUUCCUGUGCGGCGAAUUGUAUGGUGAGCAUGGGCGCGUGUGGGUGAUAAGCAACUGCUCCCUGGACCAUUGCAUUUUCAUUGUCCAAGAAGAGAUCACCGAUGAAGAAGGACGGCAAGUGCUACGAGAACCCGAAGCCUACAUCGGGGUCCAUGUCGACGACGUCCUUUUGGUGGGCGACAACGACCUGUGCCGCCUCAUCCAGAAGGAGCUCAGCGCAGAGUUCCCCAUCAAGGAGUGGGAAAGUGGAUCGUUUGAGUACGUCGGAUCCUACAUCGACAUCAAGGAGGACAUGAUAAUGGUGUCGCAGGCGAGCUACACGACUACGAGGCUUUUCGAGGUCGAGGUGCACAAGGAACAGAGCGACGAGGACCCCGCGAGCGAGGUCCAGAAGCACGACAAUAUGUCUUUGAUAGGUGCUUUGUCAUGGUUAGCUAGCCAGAGCCGGCCAGACCUGCAAGUGGGAGUGUCAAUGUGUCAGCAGAGGCAACGCGACCCCCUGGUCUCAGACAUCAAGUUCACGAACCUCAUGGCGCAGAGGGCCUACGAGCACCAAAAGGAGGGUGUACGCAUCUUCCCGAUCGACCUCGACCGGGCGACUCUCCUAUGUUUCCAUGAUGCAGGUUGGGCGAACGCCCCGCAAAACCAGGAAGAUCCGUACUACAAGCUCACUCCGGAAGAGGACCAGCUCGGAAUGAUCACCAGUGGCCCUAUGAGCCGAAGCGAAGCCCGAGCGAAGCGUGCAAACUCGAGUGUCUGCUCCCAGUUAGGCGGGCUCUUCCUCCUCGCCGACAACAAGGUGCUCCAAGGUGGAAAGCACAAGGUGAGCACUCUGGAUUGGAGGAGUGGCGCAUGCGACAGAGUCUGCCGUUCUACGUUUGCAGCUGAAACCAUGGCGUGCGCCACGGCCAUCGAGACUGGGAUCUUCAUUAGCCGAUUCUUGGAGACCUUGCUCACCGGGAAGCUCGCGCGGAAUUCCUCACGGCUUCAACUGCGUUUUCUGAGCGAUUGUAGAAGUCUGUACGAUCACUUGAUCAGGGACGGAGUCCCACGUGUCCCCUCCUGUAAACGUCUUGCAAUUGACCUAGCCGCUAUUCGUGAUGAUCUUAGCGAGGUCGGUAGAAUUGCAUGGGUUCCCACGGGUGCCCAAAUGGCCGAUCACCUCACGAAACCGCUCAAAGCGGCCGACUGGUGGCAGCAUUUGUCAGAUGGUCUCGAGUUAACUUUUCGAGAGGACCCUGUAUAG